UAAUUUCUUUUCUUUUCUUUUCUUUUCUUGUCUUCUGGUGCAUAAAUUUAAUCCUUUUUGACUAAACGAUUCUGUAAAAUUUAAUGAAAUAAUAUUCUUUAUGUUGUCGAAUAAAUAUUAAACUCGGUGAUUAACAAGUUAUCAUUAAAUAAAACUGGCAUGCACAAUAUCGGUUAAUUCUUUUUUAUCGAUAAGAGAUUAGGACGGUGCAUUGACAAGCACCUGAGCUUUGAUUCGUACAUAUCAUAUAGUUAUCCAAGUCAAAUAUGAAUUGCGUCAUUGCUUUAUUAGUACCCCAAAAGUAGACAUUCUAAAUAAAGGUUCAAACCCCUUUGCAGAGACGUACACAAAGUUUAAUGAAUAAUUUAUAGGCUACUCUGUAUUUUAUAUAUAUAUAUAUAUAUAUAGUGUGUGUGUGUGUUACUUAUUAUUAUUGACGCAUUUAUAAAAAGGGUAAUUAGAUUAUAUCGCCGUUUUUAGCUAAAAUUGAAGGUAAACGUCAAAACGAAAAAGUCAGCUCUAUAUAGAUAUAUAUAUAUAUAUAAUUCCGCAAGCAUCGUCUUAACGAAGCAAGAAAAGCCAAAAGGAAGGACUAUCCAGGGCUAUUCGACAAAAAGCUAUUUAUUUAUAUCCCAAUUCAAUGGCUAACGCAAUUUCGAUCAAGUCGGAGCUGGAAAACCGGCACACCGAUACAAUGAUUCUGGAGGUAACCAAGCAUUUGGGAACGGUGCCUUAUGUUAGCAUCAAAAUCCCGCCCGGUGAAGUGAAAGAUUUAUGCUAUGGCGAUCUUCAUAUCGAAGACAAUCCAGAUCGUCCCCCUCUCGUGUCUGUUUUUGUAGAAGGCGCUGCUGAAGUAGAGAAGAAAUACAUCUUCUCUUCUUUUAUAAGGGACCAUGCCAAGCUGGUUCUCAACUUUGAAAAUGGGAAGGUUACUGUUCUUCCUGUGAAGGGGAAUGUUCUGGCAAGAAUUGGGUGCAUUGUGAAGCUGAGGCGGACCAUUUCAGAAAUUGGGGAACAGAUGGGGAAGAAACUCAACAAGUCCUCACAGGUAAGUUGCGGUCACGUGCCAGCUGUUCAGCCAUGAUUUGGAAUAUAUGUGCCUGCGCCUACAUAAAUUUUGUCUAUGUAAUAAAUAAUGGAAUAUAGUUUUGGGAGUAUGCUUGUGGUAAACAUUCAGCUGAAGCUUCAUUGACUCGUACAGUUUUCAGUGUUUCA